AUGGUCCGCUCAGUCACGUUCGAGAUCCGCUGGCACGACACGCAGCCAAUCUACAGCUGCUCGUUCCAGCCCAUCUCCCAGAGCCACCUCAAGAGGGUCCUUGACCACAACCUUGGCCAAGCCGCCGGCCUGGCUCCCGGCAAGACGCUCGCGGGCCCUUCCGGCAGCAGCGGCAGCAGCGGCAGCACCGCCAUAUCCAGCGGCGCAGGCGGCACCAUCGCCACCAAGCAGAUCCAGCCUCCGAUCAUGGCCGGCGGUCAGAGCUGGAGGCUCGCCACCGCCGGCGGCGACAACAACGCCCGCCUCUGGAUGGUCCACCCCAACAUCCCCUCUCCCGCAGCACUGGCAAGCGCAGCUGCGACCUCGGGAACAACUGCAGUCGCUCCGCAUCCUCCACGGGUCGAGUACCUCGCCACGCUCAGCCGCCAUUCAGGCGUCGUCAACGUGGUCCGCUUCUGCCCUCGCGGCGAGAUGCUCGCCACCGCCGGCGACGACGGAAACGUCCUCUUUUGGGUGCCCUCGGACCGCGGUCGUGGCUUCGGUGACCUGCACAGCAACCUCGACGACGGCGAGAGCCAGUUUGAAAAGGAGUUCUGGCGCGUCAAGCUCAUGACUCGGGCGACGCAGCAGGAGCUCUACGACAUGGCUUGGAGUCCCAACGGCGAGACGCUCGCCGUGGGAGGGACAGACUUUGUCGCUCGGAUCAUCAACGUUCAGGACGGCCAUGUCAUUCGCGAGAUCUCGGAGCACAGCCACUAUGUGCAGGGCAUCGCCUGGGACCCGCUGCAGGAGUACAUUGCGACCCAGAGCAGCGACCGCAGCGUCCACGUCCACUACCUUCAGCUCAAGCACAAGCACGACCAGGGUGAAGCUUCAGGCUCCGGAUCGACGGCGGCCCUCUCGGGGAGCCACCUCGCCAGCCGUAGCAGCAAGCUCGACCUCCACCGGCGCAACGGAAGCACGAGCGGCGGCUUCAUCUGGGACUCGAACGCCAAGCCGCCCAUGAAGCGACGGGCUAGCAGUCACGCCAGCCAGGCAAGCGACAGCGAAGGUCCACGGGAAAGUUUCGUCGCUGGGCUGCGCGGCCGAUCCAAGCGGAGCGCCACCCCCAUUGACCCGACCCACCAUUCGGUCGUCCCUCGCGCCAGCACACCUUCCCAAGUCGCGGGUCCCUCGCAACUGUCUGGCAGCUCCGCGCAGCCCGCCACUCCCACCGCUUCCGUCCCGCCAAGUCCGUUCUCGGCCACGGCGCCGGGGGGCUCGCACGUGCACGCCAUGAACCCGCCCCAGAUGACGCCCAGCCGGCGGUCAAGCUUUAGCGGAAGCAACAUGGAUGUGGCCUCGCCUCCUACGAGCGCCACUUCGCUCGCCCAGACUUCGAUGGCAGGCUCGCAUGUCGGCAAGACGGCCGAUCCAGCCCACCACGCGGGGGCCGGCGUCGCCACGCCUGGGGACGGAGUUCGACGUACGGGCAGCACCAGCAGGUCCGCGUCCCGCACUCGGAGCGUCCGGUCGCCUUCCCCGAUCCCUCCGCUCCCGGCCAUUCGUGCACCUCCCUCGCCCAAGCAGAGGAUGCAGGCGGCGGUGGCGGCAACGACGGGUCUGUCCAAGAGCACGUUGCGACUUUACGGCGACGAGAACUUCAGCGGCUUCUUCCGUCGGCUGGCCUUCAGUCCAGACGGCGCGCUCUUGGUGACGCCGAGCGGCCUGUUUGACCCUCCACCGCCGCCUUCGCUGGCAAGUCCUUCGGUUCACCUGUCGCCGCGGAAGAGUCCUAGCCCAAGCCUGCCGCUGAGCAAGGACGGCGGUGCAGCAGCGGCGGCGGAUGCGGCGGCAACGACCAACAAGAGCGCCGUGUACCUGUACGCACGCGGCAACUUUAACAAGUCCAACGCGCCCAUUGCGGUGCUUCCCGGGCACAAGACAGCAACGCUGGUCGUCCGCUUCUCUCCCAUCCUCUACGAGCUGCGCAAGUCACCCCGGGCGCAGGACGGAGCGAGCGAGGACGACGGCAUCCCGCCCCAUCCGACGAUCCCGCUCGAGGUCGGCAAGCUGAAGAGCGUCUCGCUCGUCUCUGAAGGCUUCAAUCCGAGCUCAACCUCAGUCGACCCGCCGACCGGCUCGGAUGGGACCAAGAAGGCGUCUUCCUCGGCCCGCAGGGGGCCGAGCGUCAUCGGUCUGCCCUAUCGGAUGGUCUACGCCGUAGCCACGCAGGACAGCGUGUGGAUCUACGACACCCAGCAGACUGGACCAAUCUGCUGUUUUAGCAACAUGCACUACGCUAGCUUCACCGAUCUCAGCUGGUCCCCGGAUGGACAGACGCUCAUGAUGUCGUCGACGGACGGCUACUGUUCCGUCGUCGUCUUCGACUAUGCUGAGCUGGGCAUCCCGUACGCCUACAACUCGCAGCCUUCGCUGCAGGUGCCGUCGGGCGGCACUCCGGCGCCGGCGCACAUCGCCUCGGGCACGCCAACACGCUCGGCGCCUUCGACGCCGCAGCUGGCGAAUGCCAGUCUGGCCGGCGAGGCGACCUCGAGCUCAGGCGUCGCGCCGUGGCUGGCCGGCACGCCGCCACCGCCGCCCACUCUGCCGACCUCGUCGUCGUCGUCGGCGUCUGCGAGCGCUCCGACUGGACUCGGUCUGGCACUGGGUGCUGCCGGAUCCGGCAAGGCGGGUGCGACAUUGGCAGGUCUGCCCGCUGCCGUGCGUGCCGCUGCCUCCAGCCCUGCCCUGUCAUCGCCCGACGCGACACCUCUGUCGUCUGCCACCGCCGCCGCCAACGUCACCAACACCACCACAGCGUCAUCCAACACCAAUGCCGGCGCCAACGCUGCCGCGACGCAAGGCGGAGAGGCGCCCAAGAAGAAGCGGAGAAUCGCACCGACGCUCCAAGGACCCCUGGGACAGUGA